ACAGUUAAAAAUUGCUAUCUAUCUCCCCCGUCGAUGGCCAUUAUCCAUUUCAUCCCAUUUUUGUUCCUCCAUGGCAUGAAGCUCCCUCUAAACCCUCAUUUCUCUUUCUCUCUUCAAUGGUGGACCUCCAUUGAUCCAAGCAUCUCCAUGGCCUUCUCCUCCCUCGCCUCCCCCUUCAUCUCUUCCUUCUCUCCAAUCCCCAAACCCCACUCCCUCUUCCGAUCAUCUGCUCUCCCUUCCCUAAUCUUUUGCGUCUCUAACUCCGGCAAUGGCGGAAGAGACGAUGAUGAUGAUGCGAGAAGAACAACUCUAAAGCUCCUCCAAUUCUCCGUGACCAUCACCAUCGUCGCUGCUUCCCUCCCCCAACCCCGAGCCCACGCCAAGGUCUCUGAGAAGAAACGAUCCUCGAAGAGAUCCGAUGGGCUUUCUCCCGAGGACCUCAAGUCCUGGUCCCGCGACCUCCCCUCCGUCCACGACCGAAUUCCCUACACCGACAUCAUUGACCUCAAGCGUGAUGGCAAGGUCAAGCACAUCGUCAAGCUCUCCACUGCCAGCUUGCGGCAGCGCCCUGAUCCGGUGCUUGUUGUUUUGAAUGAUUCUAGGGUUCUUCGAGCUGUGUUGCCGACGAUGGAGAGAGAUGAGAGGUUCUGGUGUUCUUGGGAUGAGGAGAGUCUAAAUUCUCUAUGCAUCAAUGCUUAUACUCCUCCCAUUAAGAAGCCGGAGGUGCCGGCGCCGUAUCUUGGAUGGCUGGCGAAGGUCCCGAGGUUUUUCUGGUCGUUGACGAAGAAGAAGCCACAGUCGAAGCGGGUGAUGGAGCUGGAGCGAACGAGGAAAGAGCUUGCGGCCAGACGGAAGGCUGAGCUUGCAAGAGUGAGAGAAGAGAGGGAAAUGAUGGAGAAGGCUCUCAGGACUCAGAAGAAGAUCGAAGAAAGGAAGCAGAGGCUCGAGGCUAGGAAGACCAAUUACCAGGAUUCACUCCGACAAGCGAGGGAGAAUUACAAGAACAUGGCGAGCAUGUGGGCUAGCAUGGCGAUGGAUCAGAAUGUUGCUACUGCACUUGGUGGCGUGUUCUUUGUCAUCUUUUAUAGGACUGUGGUGUUGAGCUAUAGGAAGCAGAGGAAGGAUUAUGAGGAUAGGCUGAAGAUUGAAAAAGCCGAGGCAGAGGAGCGGAAGAAGAUGAGACAGUUGGAGAGGGAGAUGGCCGGGAUGGAGGGUGAUGGGGAUGAUGAGAAUGAGAAGGGUGGAGAAGAUAAUGCUUACCUUAAAAUGGCAAAGAAGUUUAUGCAGUCUGGUGCAAGGGUAAGGCGAGCAAGGAGCAAGCGGCUGCCCCAGUAUUUGGAGAGAGGAAUUGAUGUGAAGUUCUCUGAUGUAGCUGGGCUUGGAAAUAUAAGGCUUGAGCUUGAGGAGAUUGUUAAGUUUUUCACAUUGGGGGAGGUUUAUCGGAGGCGAGGAGUGAGAAUACCAGGUGGCAUACUUCUUUGUGGGCCUCCUGGGGUGGGUAAGACAUUAUUAGCAAAAGCUGUUGCUGGUGAGGCUGGUGUCAAUUUUUUUUCAAUUUCAGCAUCACAAUUUGUGGAAAUAUAUGUUGGUGUUGGUGCUUCUCGGGUGAGGGCACUCUAUCAGGAAGCCAAGGAGAAUGCCCCUUCUGUCGUCUUCAUUGACGAGCUGGAUGCUGUCGGAAGGGAGCGCGGUCUGAUUAAGGGUUCUGGUGGACAAGAACGGGAUGCGACACUGAAUCAGCUCCUUGUGUGCUUGGAUGGAUUUGAAGGAAGAGGUGAUGUAAUCACUAUUGCAGCAACCAAUAGACCAGAUAUCCUUGAUCCUGCGUUGGUGAGGCCUGGGCGAUUUGAUAGAAAAAUAUACAUCCCCAAGCCUAGCCUUAUUGGUCGUGUUGAGAUUCUCAAGGUUCAUGCUCGUAAGAAGCCAAUGGCUGAAGAUGUGGAUUAUAUGGCUGUUGCUAGUAUGACAGAUGGAAUGGUUGGUGCUGAGCUAGCCAACAUAAUUGAGGUUGCUGCUAUAAACAUGAUGCGAGAUGGACGCCCUGAGAUAACAACUGAUGACCUUUUGCAAGCUGCACAAAUAGAAGAGAGAGGAAUGCUUGAUAAAAAAGAUAGGAGUUUGGACAUGUGGAAUCAACUAGCUCUUAACGAAGCAGCCAUGGCUAUUGUUGCUAUGAAUUUCCCUGAUUUAAAAAAUAUUGAGUUUGUCACAAUUGCACCUCGAGCUGGUAGAGAAUUGGGCUAUGUGCGUGUGAAAAUGGAUCAUAUGAAAUUUACUGAGGGAAUGCUUACUCGGCAGUCUCUUCUUGAUCACAUCACUGUCCAAGUGGCACCUCGUGCAGCUGAUGAGCUAUGGUAUGGUGAGAGUCAGUUGAGCACAAUUUGGGCAGAAACUGCAGACAAUGCUCGGUCAGCGGCAAGGAGCUUUGUUCUAGGUGGACUUUCUGAGAAAUAUUAUGGUCUAUCAAAUUUUUGGGUUGCAGAUCGAAUUAAUGAGAUUGAUUUGGAGGCUCUGAAUAUUCUUAAUAUGUGCUAUGACCGUGCAAAAGAGAUCUUGCAACGCAACCGAAGGCUUAUGGAUGCUGUUGUCGAUCAACUUGUUCAGAAGAAAAGUCUCACCAAACAAGAGUUUUUUAACUUGGUUGACGAAAAUGGCAACCUUGAGCGUAUGCCACCGAAUAUUCUUGACAUCCGGGCUGCCAAGCGUGCGCAAUUCCAACAGAUGUUAAUGACCAAAAAAUAAUCAGCUCAUGUGAAGCUCAUCUAUUUUUCAAGAGGAGUUGAUUUGGGUUUGUCCAUAUUUCUCACAAUCUAUAAAAGCACACAAACCUUUCCUCUUUAAAUAUUUCAAAAUGUAUUAGUAUUUUUUGACCAUGUGGAUUGGCUGCUUCAGAGGUUGAUAGACUCACAGAUCCGGGCUCACAUCACUUUGGCAUUGAACUCACAUCAAGCUGUCUGAUAGUUCAAGUUAGACAUUGUAAACUCAAGUAUUUUGUUAUGGAGAUCGGCAUUUCAUUUUUCGGCAAAGGUGGCACACAAUUGAUGGAAUUUCAGACAAGGUAAUUAAUUCUUAAUUUUUUUCCAAGCCUGGAUUAAUUACCAUUGGAGAAAUGUAGAAAACUUAAUGCAAUUGCAGGACUAUGAACCUUGUAUGAUUCGGAAUUCACAUUGCUUGAUCUAAACAAAUAAUAACUCUGGUUGUGUA